AUGCCUUCCAUCCAGUCAUCCCCCAGGACUCUGUAUGACAAAGUCUUUCAAGACCAUGUCGUCAACCAACAGCCAGAUGGCACCGUCCUUCUGUAUAUCGACAGACAUCUUGUCCACGAAGUCACAUCUCCCCAAGCAUUCGAAGGUCUGAAGAACGCUAAGCGGAAAGUGCGCCGACCAGAUUGCACGCUGGCCACAACCGACCACAACGUCCCCACAACUCCACGGAAGAAUUUCAAGAACGUGGCAGACUUUGUCAAGGAAGAAGAUAGCAAACUACAGUGCACAACCCUCGAAGACAAUGUCCAGGAGUUCGGGCUCACAUAUUUCGGCCUGGGGGACAAGAAUCAAGGUAUCGUGCAUGUCAUCGGUCCCGAACAGGGCUUCACAUUACCCGGCACCACAGUCGUCUGUGGCGACAGCCACACCUCGACCCAUGGCGCUUUCGGCGCGCUGGCCUUUGGCAUCGGUACCAGUGAGGUCGAACACGUCCUGGCCACCCAAUGCUUGAUCACAAAGAAGAGCAAGAACAUGCGGAUACAAGUCGACGGUCAGUUGGCACCGGGAGUCAGCAGCAAAGACAUUAUCCUGCAUAUAAUUGGCGUCAUCGGCACCGCUGGCGGUACAGGUGCCGUCAUCGAGUUCUGCGGCUCUGCCAUUCGAGGUCUUAGCAUGGAAGCUCGAAUGUCCAUCUGCAACAUGUCUAUCGAAGGAGGAGCUAGAGCUGGCAUGAUCGCUCCCGAUCAGAUCACCUUCGACUACCUCAAGGGACGUCCUCUGGCCCCCAAGGUCGACAGCAAUGAGUGGAAGAAGGCGACCAACUACUGGUCCAGCCUGAGGUCGGACGAAGGUGCCAAAUACGAUAUCGAGAUCUUCAUCGACGCCAAGGACAUCGCCCCAACAGUCUCUUGGGGCACCUCGCCACAGGAUGUUGUUCCCAUUACUGGCGUCGUGCCGGGCCCCGAUGAUUUUGAGGACCCCAACCGGAAAGCGAGCUGCAAACGAGCCCUUGAAUACAUGGGCCUGACCGCUGGUACUAAAAUGGAAGAUAUCGAGGUGGACAAGGUCUUCAUUGGCUCAUGCACAAAUUCCCGCAUUGAAGAUAUUCGUGCUGCCGCCAGGAUCGUGGAGGGCAAGAAAGUCGCACCCAACAUCAAGCGUGCCAUGGUCGUGCCGGGCUCUGGCAACAUCAAGGCCCAAGCCGAGAGCGAAGGCCUAGACAAGAUCUUCCUGGAUGCCGGCUUUGAAUGGCGGGAAGCUGGCUGUUCAAUGUGCCUGGGCAUGAACCCUGAUAUCCUGUCACCGAGAGAACGAUGUGCUAGCACUUCGAAUCGCAACUUUGAAGGACGACAAGGUGCUCUGGGUCGCACGCAUCUCGUCUCGCCUGUCAUGGCGGCGGUGGCGGCGAUUGUGGGCAAAUUGGCCGAUGUGCGCAAAUACAGUGACAAUGCGACUCCCGCCAAAGCAGACCCCAAACUCGACGUAAAGCCCGAGUUUGCAGAGGUCGACUCCGAAGAAGAGCUUGACCGCAUCCUCGAUAUCCCCACGGACGCAACCAGCACGGCCACCAACCAUGUUGAGGCAUCUGGAGCAUCCGGGGGACUCCCCAAAUUCACGGUGCUCAAAGGUAUCGCAGCACCUCUCGAGAAAGCCAACGUGGACACCGACGCCAUUAUCCCCAAGCAGUUCCUCAAGACCAUCAAGCGCACGGGUCUCGGCUCUGCGCUCUUCCACCCCUUGCGGUACAACGAAGACGGCAGCGAAAACCCGUCUUUCGUCCUGAACCAAGAACCCUACCGCAAGGCAAAGAUCCUCGUCGUCACCGGCCCCAACUUUGGGUGUGGCUCUUCGCGAGAACAUGCCCCGUGGGCGCUUUUGGACUUUGGAAUCAAGUGUGUCAUCGCGCCCAGCUACGCAGACAUCUUCUUCAACAACACGUUCAAGAACGGCAUGUUGCCGCUCAUCAUCUCGGACAAGGAGAAACUCAACAAGAUUGCCGACGAGGCCCGCGCCGGCCACGAGAUCGAAGUCGACCUGCCCAACCAGACCAUCCGCGACGACAAGGGCAACGAGCUCGCCACAUUCGAGGUCGAGGAGUUCCGCAAGCACUGCCUCGUCGAGGGUCUCGACGACAUUGGCUUGACCAUGCAGAUGGAGGACAAGAUUGCCCAGUUCGAGGCCAAGAGGACCUUGGACACGCCGUGGUUGGACGGCAGCGGGUACUUGAAGAAGUGGCGCAAGGGCCCCGUCAAGGUCGAGGCCGCGCCCGUGCCCAAGACGAAUAGGGGCGAUGUCAAGACCGACCCUGUCGAAUGGUGA